AUGUCCAAGGUUGUCCAGUCGGCUCAGAACUCCGCGGGUAUUCAGACUCUCCUCGAUGCCGAGAGAGAGGCACAGAAGAUUGUUCAGCAAUCGCGCGAAUACCGCACCAAGCGGAUAAGGGACGCCAAGGCCGAGGCUCAGAAGGAGAUUGAGGAGUACCGCAACCAGAAGGAAGAGGAAUACAAGAAGUUCGAGGCUGCGCACUCGAGCGGAUUCAAGAAGUCUGAGGAUGAGGCGAAUGUGGAGGCCGAGGCGAAGCUGAAGGAGAUUCAGGCUGCUGGCAAGAAGCAUGGUGACAAGGUUGUUUCGGACUUGACCAAGGCUACGACCGAUGUCAAGCCCGAAGUGCCCGAGAAGAUUGCGGCAUAG